AUGAUACGGUUCCUUCAUACGCAUUAUCAAAUAUGGCGUUACGGACAGGCUGGCGUCUCUAUCAACCACAUUAGAAUUUCUUUCGUUAUUUCUUUCCCCUUUGUUUCUUUCUCUUUUUCUUUCUUUUGUUCAAACUUGUUCUUUUUAUGUUUAUUUCUUUUCCUCUUUCGUUCUAUCUUUUUUGCUUUUUCGGUAUUUUUCCGUCUUUUUUUAUUUUUUAUUUUUUUUUGCACUAUCGUUCUUUCUUUCUUGCUCGUUCAACCUUCCUUUUUUGCUCUUUCGCCAUUUCUUUUUUGUGCUUUCGUAAUUUUUUUUUCUUUGUUCUUUUUUUUCUUUUCCUUUCUUUUUUUUUGUCCGUUUUUCUUUCUUUUUUUUAGCGCUUUCGUUCUUUCUUUUUUUCUUUUUUUUCUUUUUCGUUCAUUUUUUUUGCUCUUUCUUCCUUUCUUUCUUUCUCUUUUAUUCUUUCUUUUGCUCUUUUGUUUUUUUUUUAUCACUUAUUGUUCCUUCCUUCGUUCGUUGUCUCUUUUUUUCGUCCGUUUCUUUCUUUUGUUCAUCCUAUUUGCUAUUACACUUUCGUUCUUUCUUUCUUACUCUUUAACUCUUUUUUUAUCUUUGUUUAUUUCUUUUUUUAUUCUUUCCUUCUUUUUUUUUUUUUUUUGCUUUUUCGUCCUUUCUUUCUUUCUCUUUCGGUGUUUCUUUUUUUAUCUUUGUUUCUUUUAUCCUCUUUCCUCCUUUCAUUUUAAUUCUUUUGUCCUUUCUUUUUGGCUCUUUCAUUCUUUCUUUUUUCUUCUUUUGUUUCUUUUGAUCUUUCAUCUUUUUUAUCACUCCUUGUUCCGUCGUUUCAUCGUUCGUUAUCUCUUCUUUCUUUCGUCUAUUCUUUCUUUUUUCAUUCUGUUUUCUGUCUGUAUGAAGGGCGAAUACGUAUUUGGUGUACUCCCGGUGAAACGAGUACUCCAGUGA